AUGCCUCCUCGCCGCUGGGCCAGAAAAUGCGAACGAUAUUGCUGUUUAGGGGCCACAUACUUCCCCUUGUUCUUCGUGUAUAGUCUCACGACCUGGGCUGUUUGGGUGGAAGCAACCAUAGGUUUCCUGCCUACGAAAGGUUCAUGGAUAGGGAAUUGGACAUCUCUGCUCGGCAUAGCUCUCUAUGUUAUGUUAAACUGGUCAUACACUCGCGCAGUGUUCACAAGCCCCGGAACGACGACGACGGCGAACAAUGGCUACAGUUCCCUGCCAACGCAGGCACCCCCGAAUGCGACGAAUUUCACGGUCAAGUCGAAUGGGGAAACAAGAUACUGCAAGAAGUGCCAGGCAAGGAAACCGGAUAGAGCGCAUCACUGUUCGACUUGCAAGACCUGCGUCUUGAAAAUGGAUCAUCACUGUCCUUGGCUAGCGACUUGUGUGGGAUUGCGAAACUAUAAAUUCUUCCUUCUCUUCCUGAUAUAUACAACAAUAUUCUGCUUCGUUUGCUUUGGAGUUUCGGCGACUUGGGUAUAUAGAGAAAUAUUGAAUGACGGCGAGUAUCAAGAGUCACUGAUGCCGGUCAACUAUGUCAUGCUGGCUGUGAUAUCUGGAAUUAUUGGGCUGGUUCUCGCGGGGUUCACAGGAUGGCAUAUUUUAUUAGCAUCGCGUGGACAGACCACGAUUGAGUGCUUGGAGAAAACGAGAUAUCUUUCACCACUACGAAAGAACCUACGCAACCAACACGCCCCACCAGGAAUAAAUGGCGCUUCGGAGUAUAUACAACAUCCUGUAGGUGAGCCUGGUGCGAAUAUCCCAGAAGAACCACUGGAACGUCAUAAUGGAGGAGAUUAUACCCGACAGCAAUACGAUGCCUAUGAAAGACAAAGAGCUCGGGCUCGUUACGAAGAAUAUUUGGAUGAACAGGAUGCGGAAAAGUUGCCCAGUGCUUUUGAUCUUGGUUGGAGAGCCAACCUCCUUCAUCUCUUUGGACACAACCGGGCCUUGUGGGCAUUUCCUAUACUUACAACGACCGGAAAUGGAUGGAGUUGGGAGCCAAGUCCGAAAUGGUUGGCUGCAAGAGAGAAUUUGGCUAGAGAAAGAGAUGCCCAGAGGAACCGUGAACACGCUGCAGGCUGGGGAGAACCUGUAGAGCCAAUUCCUCAGAAACAAGUUGGUGCUGCUAGACACUAUGUCAAUUCUUAUCCUACUCGACCUCAGUCCAAAGCAGACCGAAUACUUGGGAGGAUGCCGGAGGAUUACGCAGAUGCCGACGAAAGGACCAACAACGUGUCCAUGCAGAAUUUAUCACCUCGCGGCUCGAAUGGACAAUUUGAUGAUGUUAGUGAGGAUGAGGAUGAGCUGGUUCAACGGACAUUAGACCGAGCUGCAGCUUCAGCUUGGCCACAAAAAGUUGGUCUCGUCACUAACACAAUACUUGGAAAUACACUUUCAAGGCAGAAAGAUGACUCGAAAGCUUGGGUACAAUAUGAUGAUGGCGUCGAUUAG